ACAGAGAGAUGAAAAAUGCUAAGAGUCAAAAAAAAAAAAGUCCACAAAACAAAAGCCUCUGCCGGAGAAGGAGGUUUUCAGGUGUUUCCCAACCAAAACGCACAAUACGACGUCGUUUAGAAGCAGAAACGACAUUUCUUUAAAGUUUCGGGUAUCACUUGAUUCUCUUACCUUCAUCAAUCAAUCAAUCUCCUGGAAACAUUUGGGAGCCUCUCAGAUCCUCAAGAAAACCCUAAAUCAGAAGUCGAGAUCGAUGGCGUCCUUCGCUCGCCGAGCCAUGAGCUUAGCUCAUCAGAUCCCAUCUGCUCGUGUUUCCCCUGGAGCUUCUUCUAUUGGUCAGCGUCGUUGUCUCGCCGGCGCCGCUGAUCACCAUGGAUCUACCAAGGUUGACUUCUGGAAACAGCCCACGAACCCAGGAAACUGGAAAGAGGAGCAUUUUGUGCUUAUUUCUCUGUCUGGCUGGGGAUUACUUUUCUACAGUGGAUACAAACUCGCCACCGGGGGAAAAAAAGAGGAGCCUGUGGAGAGUACACAAUGAGUUUCAUUGUCACUUGGAAGACCCUUUUAUGGAGAGACCUCUCAUUCUCAUGCACUUUGUUUUCCCUUUUAGCAGAUUGUGACUGGUCUUGUGUUUCCUUUUGAAAAUAAUUUGCAUCACUUUUGAGAUCUGAUGAUGUCUGCAAUGGAUGAUUCUUGAUAGUUUUGUGUUUCAUAAUAUCCUAUGUUUCAAACAGACAGGAUUUAAGCGAAAACAUUGUCUCACUCUGCGUAUGUUGAUUUAUGCUUUGGAUUUAUUUCCA